CGUGCGGGCUCCUGGAUCCCGUACUCGGGACACCUACCGCAGCACGGGUUCCACACUCCCACAUCCAGAUUUGACCCGACGAGGCGACGACCCGCAAAAAUGGUCGGCGGCGACCUGCGUAGCCUCGCCGUGGUCUCGGCCGCGGUCGCAGCGGCCAUGUGCUACAUCCGCUUCGCAGCACGGCGCCUGCGCCCGGGCCUCCCCCGCCUCGCCGCGUUCCUUCCGGUGCUCGCCGUCCUCCCUCUCCUCCCCCUCACCUUCCGCGCCCUCCACCCGCGCGCCAUCUCUGGCUUCUUCCUCACCUGGCUUGCCGAGUUCAAGCUCCUCCUCCUCGCCGCCGGCCAGGGGCCCCUCCAUCCGUCCCUCCCGCUCCCCGCCUUCGUCGCCGUCGCCUCCGGCCCCGUCAGGCUCCGCGCCGAAAAGCCCGACAAGGCCCAAACAAGCUCUUCGAAUCUGGGCCUCGUCUCCUCCGCCGUCAUGGCCGCGCUGCUCGCGGUCAUCGUAUCCCUGUACCGGUACGAGGAGCGGAUGAACCAAUACGUCCUGCUCACCCUCUACGCGUUCCACAUAUACCUCGCGCUGGAGCUCGUGCUGGCGUCGGCGGCCGCCGCGGCGCGCGCGCUGCUGGGCAUGGAUCUGGAGCCGCAGUUCGACCGGCCGUACCUCUCCGAAUCACUGCGAGACUUCUGGGGCCGGCGGUGGAACCUCUCGGUUCCCGCCGUGCUCCGCCCCUGCGUGUACCGCCCCGUGCGCGCGCGCCUCGGCAGCGCGGCCGCGGGGGUGCUCGCGACGUUCCUCGUCUCCGGGCUCAUGCACGAGCUGAUGUUCUCCUACAUCACGCUGCGGCCGCCCACCGGGGAGGCGACGGCGUUCUUCGCGCUGCACGGCGCGUGCGCGGUGGCGGAGGCGUGGUGGGCGAGGCACGAGGCGUGGUGGCGGCCGCCGAGGUGGGCCGCGACACCGCUGGCGCUGGCGUUCGUCGCCGUGACUGGGUUCUGGCUCUUCUUCCCGCCGAUCACGAGGCCCGGAGCCGACAAGGUGGCGAUCGCUGAAUGCGAGGCGGCAGGUGCGUUCUUGCGUGACGCCGGAGUAUGGGCUACCGGUUCCGUCCGAUCUGUGUGGGCUGGCCGAUCGUAGUAUGGACAGCUCCUGAAAACAGGGUGACAGGGAGGUGGAUCGACUGCAAAAAUGGUAUGUCAGUAACAAUCUAAAAAUUGAAAGUUUUUACUUAUAUAUUUUUGGAGUAGUCAGUAGUACUACGGAAAAAGAUUUGCAGUGUCAAGUCAUUGACUGCCUUGCUCGUACGAAUCUCGCUUCAUUUGAAGGUGUGUUUACUGUAUCUGGAAGACUGGAACGGAAAACACGGUUGUUCUAAA